AUGGACCGGGGGAGUCCUCGCACUGAGUCUGAACUGCCCAUUGGCACUGCCCCUUGGUUUCACUUCCACUCCUUACGUCGGUCCUGCCUCUCGCACAGCCGUUCCGUGCGCUUUUACGCAGCGCGCCACUGGCUGACAGCGCAGUGCCAUGUAGAGCUGAAGCUGGAGAAGAUGCUGCUGUUGUGCGCGCUGUGCGCGCUGUGGUCCACAGUGCCUCACAGGACGGCGGGAAAAGCUUUCAGUUUGGAUGGACACACACAGCACUUUGCCGUGACUCGUGAUGGGCUUUACGUUUCCACGGAACAAAACCUGUACCAGCUCCGCUCAGACCUCAGUCUGGUGCGGCGCGUGUCCCUGAGGGGGCUGGUUUUGAGCUCAGAGCCGAAAUUUGUCCGUGUCCCAGAUGGAACCGCCGGGAAUGACACUCUCAUGGUAAACGUGCUCCUGCCCUUCACCUCCAACAACACCCUGGUCUUGUGUGGCGUUGUGAAUGACUGCGGUCAUUGCGAAGUUCUAUCGCUGCAGGACGUGUCCACUGUCAUAUACACGGAGACCAUUCUCUUGGGUCCUGUCACUAGGCACACCGAGUCCGUGGCCUUUCUGGUCACUGAGGUCACGAAUGGAAGAAAUAACACAUACAUCCUGGCAGCCACAGAGCAGAGCCCCAAGUCAAGGAAAAGUGCGUGCGCCAUACAAGAAGAAAUCCUCUAUCUGUUCAACACCGAGGACUCUCAGGACGGUGGCAUCUUUUCCUUCAGCUUACCCUCUGCAACUUUUCAUCUCAGGGACAACAGUGAACAAGUGGGCUUCGUGGACGGUUUCCAGGUGGAUUCCUUCAUUUAUCUUUUUUCUAACGUGAAAUCUUCCCCUGGAAACGUGGUGCGCCUGACUUGGCUCGAGGCCAAACACACUUCGCACGUGCUGAAGGUCUAUACUCUCAAGUCCCUGCGGGGCGCUACUCUUAGCACGGGUUCUUCGGGCUCAGGUGGGAAGCUCCUGGCCUCCUCCAUGAUUCCCGGGACCGUACCACUCAGGUGGGCCGGUGUGUUCAGCGUGGACGGGACAAGCGCCAACACUGAACUGCUGAUGUUUGAUAUCAGUCCAGACCGCAGCGUCGAACAAAACAAGGACCCGCACUUCAAAGUUGACGAUACCUCGAAGACCUCGCUGAAGACCGUGAGGCCGCAGAAAACACUGCUGAAGCAGAGCCACAUGAGCUCUGUGCUGGCGCUCAAACACGGGGCCUGGAGCCUCUUCUUCAUCGGAACAGCGGAUGGACAGCUCAUCAAGCUUGUUGUGGACAAACAUUACCAAUCUGCAUGUCCAAAAGUCCUGUACAGAGCCAAUGAUGACCAAGAGGUUUUCCCCAAGUUACAUGUGGAUGAAGUAGAGCACAAGCACGUUUAUGUUGCAUUUACAAACCAGAUUAUGCGGAUCCCUGUGUCAAAAUGUUCAACUUACAAAACAUUACGUGACUGUUGGUCUGCACAAGAUCCACAGUGUGUUUGGUGCAUCUCCAGACAAAGGUGCACAUUUCAGAGUGAAUGUCAAAACUCAAGCUGGGUUUCCAUUCCUGAAGAUUUUCAAGAAGAAAAUAUAUUUUCAUUCAAAGCAGAAAGCAAAGCAUCUGCUCAGAUCACAAUUAUAGUGCAAAUACAUGUGACUGUGGGCCCAACCAAACCACACAAUUUUGCCUGUCAGUUUUCUCAACCGUGUGAACGCAGCCCUCCUCCAAGCUACCCACAAUGCAUCUGUGUCCUCCACAACAUCCAACUACCUGCACAAGGUCUAGAUGUGGCUGUUAAAAUGCGGAUGUGGAAGGAGGAAUGGUUAGAAAAACUCAACCUCAGGAAUUGUUCUGAGAUCACAGGACCCCCUUCUCCAGCUCUGUGCAGAGAGUGUAUAACAGCUGGUUGUGGCUGGAGCUCAGACAGCUGUUCCUGGGCAAAUGAAGGAUCAACAAAUAAAAAGGCCAAUAAACUGGACCUACUGAACUAUUCCCGCCUCAUGAAAGCCAAGAAAUUCAACAAUGAUACUGACUCCUACACUUGUGAGAUCAAGAACAGGGCCAGCGCCGACUGUGAACACCUGGUAAAUCAAUACACGUCCAAUGCUAUCAAUACAUGUGCCAUGUUAUAA